UUAUUUUCACUUCCUGUACGGCGAGACAUCUCGCUACUCUCCAUCAGAGUCCCCUGUCCUGCUUCAGACGUUUGCUUCCAUUUUCCCGGACCGACUGGAAACCGACGGGCUUUAUUUGUAUCGUCUACCUGUAAUAAUGUAACGCACAUUUCCGGUUAACUCUUUUUUUAAACUCAUCUGGUUUUAUUAUGGAGUGUGGAGUCAGUGCCGAUCUUCUGUGCUGCUGAUCCAUCUACCCAUCCAUCCACCCACACAUACACAGCCCGAUCUCCUGCUACUUUAUCUUAACUCUCUAGACGUCUGACAUGGGCAAACAUCUCAUCUGCGGAUGGCUUUGGCCUCUGUUGGCUCUCUCCUGCUUUAAACACGCAAUUUCUUUUAAUUUGGACAUUAGCAAAACCUCGGUUUUCUCAGGACCUCCGGGAAGUUAUUUUGGAUUUUCUGUGGCUUUCUUCAAUCCUGAUAACAAACAAUUAAACAUACUGGUAGGCGCUCCCAGGGCAAACACCUCAGAUCAAACCCCUUCUUCUGUAACUGAGAGGGGUGCUGUCUUCAGUUGUCCUUGGCACAAAAGCGGCACGUGCACACAGAUUGAGUUUGACAGCACUGAUGACAGGAAAGGUUCCACUGGACAACAAAUGGAGUUCAAAUCGAAUCAGUGGUUUGGAGCAACAGUGCGUUCCUCUGGUGACCAUAUACUGGCAUGUGCUCCUCUCUACCAGUGGACUACAUAUGGAUUCUCAGAGAGAGAGCCUGUUGGGACAUGUUACCUGAAGAAAGGCAACAACAUUGUGGAAUAUUCACCCUGCCGCUCCACCUCAAACUCACCAGAGGGACAAGGAUUUUGUCAAGCAGGUUUCAGUGCUGACUUUGUGAAGAAGAAUCGGGUGGUUAUUGGAGGUCCAGGAAGUUUUUAUUGGCAAGGUCAGCUGAUCUCAGAUGACAUCACAGAGGUCAUCAGCAGAUACAAUAAGGAGUUUUUUACACCGUACAGUAACCAGUUAUCAACAAAGUCAGCUGGGUCUCAGUUUGAUGAUAGUUAUUUGGGUUACUCUGUGACCGUUGGCGAUUUUAAUGAGGAUGGUGAGGAUGAUUAUGUCACAGGAGUUCCUAGAGGGGAGAAGGCUCUCGGAUAUGUCAACAUCUUCAACGCGAGGAACAUGGAGUCUAUGUAUAAUUUCACAGGCACACAGAUGGCUGCUUACUUUGGUCAUUCUGUAGCAGCUGUUGACAUUAAUAAUGAUAGGAAGAUGGAUUUAUUGGUGGGAGCUCCUUUGUUCAUGGACCGUGGCUCAGAUGGGAAACUAAGGGAAGUGGGUCAAGUCUAUGUCUACCUGGGCAAAGGUGGAUUUACCUUCAGCACUGUCAUCAAACUCACUGGCACUGAGAUCUAUGCUCGAUAUGGAAGCUCUAUCUGCAGUCUAGGAGACCUCAACAUGGAUGGAUAUAAUGAUGUGGCAAUUGCAGCCCCGUAUGGAGGGCAGUUCAACCGCGGUCUGGUAUACAUUCAUAACGGGCGUCCCUCAGGCCCCAAUCCUGUGGCCUCUCAAGUUCUGGAGGGGACGUGGGCGUCGGCCUCCAUGCCUUCUAGCUUUGGUUACUCCAUGCACGGAGGCACUGAUGUGGAUCAGAACGGAUACCCGGACCUUGUUGUUGGCGUGUUUGGGGCUGACAAAGCUGUUCUAUACAGGGCUCGUCCAGUCAUCAGUGUGAACACCACGCUAGAUAUAAGCCCACAGAUCCUGAACCCUGAAGACAAGAGCUGCAAUUUGACUGACACAACCACAACAGUGUCCUGCUUCACUGUAAAGUACUGCUUGAAGGCAAGUGGCAAGGGAGCGCCAUCCUCUCUUCGCUUUCAGGUUGAUCUGACCCUGGACCGCCUUAAACACAAGGGAGCUAUCAAACGUGUGCUGUUCCUCCACAACAAGAUGUCUUCUUAUUCAAAGAACAUGACUGUCUCCAACAACGCGGGACCAGCGUGUGAAGAACUUAAGGCCUAUUUAAUAGAUGACUCAGAAUUUAGGGAUAAAAUCACACCCAUCGCCGUCUUUAUGGAGUACAGCUUGGAUUACAAAACAGCAGCAGAUAAGACCGGUCUGUUGCCCAUCCUUGACCAGUCCACUCCAACAAAUAUCACAAAGCAGGCCCACAUACUCCUGGACUGUGGUGAGGACAAUGUUUGUAAGCCAGACUUGAAACUGAAUGUUGUGAGUGACCCAAAACUGAUCUACAUAGGUGAUGAUAAUCCCCUGACCCUGGAGGUCACAGCUGAGAACGGAGGGGAAGGGGCAUAUGAGGCUGACCUUAUCGUCACUUUACCAUCUCAGGCAGAUUUUAUUGGAGUGGUGCGGAACAGUGAGACAUUGUCCAGGCUGUCUUGUGCCUUCAAGAAAAAGAAUCAGACCAGACUGGUGGUGUGUGAUCUUGGCAACCCAAUGAAAGGAGGCACCAAGAUAAUCGCAGGAUUGCGCUUCAGUGUGCAUCAGCUGUCUGAACAGGACACCCAGGUCAAGUUUGAUUUGCAGAUACAAAGUUCAAAUCAGUUUAAUAAUACCAGUAAUCUGUUGUCCGUGGGGACAGAGCUUGCUGUGCUGGCCAGAGUCGAACUACGCAGUGUGUCAGCACCAGAGCAGGUCUUCUUACCCAUUGCUAACUGGCAGCCGAAACAGAAACCUGUUCUAGAGGAUGACAUUGGACCUCUUGUUCAGCACAUUUAUGAGCUGAGGAACAGAGGGCCCAGUACAUUCAGUAAGGCCAUUUUGGAUGUGAAGUGGCCCUACAGAUUCAACAAUGGAUCUCUGCUCUACAUCACCAAAUUAGAAGUGGUUGGAAACAUGAAUUGCAGUUCAAACAGGGAGAUCAACCCUCUUAAUGUAACUAAUCCCAGUUUAGCUGAUAAAAAUGAGACUUCAGCCAGUGGAGACAGGGCAGAGGGAAGACAACGCCGAGACCUGGAGGACAAACAAGGAGAGGAAAACUUGGAGAUUCUGGAUUGUGGGACUGCGGAGUGUCAGGAGAUCAAGUGCUGGGUUGGGCGUCUUGAGAAAGGCCAGAGUGCCAUUUUAUUUAUAUACUCCAGACUAGCCGUGAGCACGUUUCUCAAGGCUGAAAAUCAAAACAAGUCCUACACUGUUCGAUCAUCUGCCUCCUUCAGCGUUGUAGAGAUGCCUUAUAAAAAUUUAAAGUCUGAUCUUGCAGCCAGCGUAACAUCAGCCUCUCUGAAGGUGAUCUGGGUGAAUUCUGAGCUUACUCAGCCAGUUCCUGGAUGGGUGGUAGCUCUGGCUGUACUGGCAGGACUGCUGCUCUUGGCAUUGCUCAUCUUUGUCAUGUAUAAGCUGGGCUUCUUUAAACGUGUCCGGCCGCCCCAGGAUGACAGCAUAGAAAAAGAGCAGCUCCAACCUCAGGAGAACGGAGAAAGAAACACAGAGGCCUGAGAUCUUUUUGUAGUGCAUCACAGUGUCAACAAAAUGAUGCCACACAUCCAGGAGCGUGCCAAACUCUAAUGGCUUGACUAAUGACUAAUGGCACUCGUACUGAUGCUGAUGUGAAUGCAAUGCAUCUCUUAGAACACUUUAAUCUUCAUUAGCAGGUAUCAUUAGCAAUUUCAGGUAUCUAAGAGUGAUCAUGCCCACUUAUUCAUUCAAAUGGUACACACAAGUAUUGAAUACCCUGCAGUGAUGUUGUAUGACUAAAGCUCUGUGUCCUUUCUUUUCUGUUGUUUAACUGCACUGAGUCUUGAUGAGGUUUUGAUUUCAGCAGUCGGGUGUAGAUAUUAAUAUACUUAAAAUCUGUGUUUACAAAUAUUAAUAAAAGUAAUGAACUUGAAAUGGAAAAGAGAUUUUAGAAAAUCAUUAUUUUAAAAAUUACUUUUAAUAGAUUUAAUUAUGAGGAACAAUAUAAAAAAGUGGUAGAUUAUUAGAUGUCUUUUUUUGUUCUUCUGUGGGAAAUACUUUUUAAUGCAGCCAAAUUUCUGCUAUUUGGGCCUGUUGGCAGUGGGUUUGUACUUCUCUGGAUUUAUUGUUUGGGCUUAAGCUGUAAUGUUUUGAGAAAAUAUUUUAUGUUUGUCUACUGUAAACGCAUUAGAGCAGGGUUUCUUUCAGUUACAUUCGUAUAAGACCUCUUUGCACGAUAAAGCAAUACAAUUGUAGCAUGUUUGUUUUUAACCACCCAUUAUGGACGGAGCACCUUUGUAAUAUUUUAGUUCAUGUUUAUUUGUACGAUUUCUCUUGGUCAAAAUCUUACCCAUGUUCCUAGACCUAUUUAAAAUCUGAUGCUGCCAUUCUAUGAAAAAUAAACAUUUUACGAAUAUGGAAAUCUCGAAUAUGGAUGAAUCACGACAGGCCUUAUUAAAAUUCUUGUUUCUGUAUUGACUGAUUUGUUGUCUGGUUAAAGGCUGUUCAUAGUUGUUGAUCUUAAUUUCGACUGGACAUUGCAAUAUAAUACCCAUCAUAUUAAUAACAUAAUCUGGAUUUCUUAUUUCGCUGUAUUAGAGCAAUGCUGCUGCCCAAAUAAAUUUACCCACAUUGGGUUAUAAUAAGUAUGUUGUCUAAAUUAAAAUUUAUAAACAGUAGUAAUUCAGUCAAAAGAAUGCUUUUUUACACGGAUAUAAAUUUUUUUUGAGAAUCAUUGUUUGAAAAAAAGUCUGUAAAAUCAAUAGAACAUAAACAAAGUGUGUAUUUUAACCAUUAGUUUAAAAAUAGAUCACAGCCUAAAUUUUAUUACAUUUUCCUUGAGUAUGUUCACCAGUGUUGUUGAUGCUUACAUAAUUCAAAUAAACAAAUAUACUGGUGUAUUGUU